UAAAUCCACACACAAAAAUUUUACCAACAAUCAAAAACAACACUGAAAUUUUCCGAGAAAGAUUGAUGACCCUGAGAUUAAUUUAUAUUUCUUAACAGUUAUAAGCAAUAGUCACUUGUUUAUGAUUCACGGAGUUGUUAAUUCAUCUUCGAAGAGGUUGUUAUUUUUGGGUAAUAUAUUCUCUCAGUUCUUAAUCUGCGAUAAGAUGUCACUUACCACUCAAUCUGCCUUCCGUGUACCAUUGCAUUGCAAGGCAAGGCAAAGCCCGUACACAGGUAGCAAAGUUAAGCGGUUUCCCGUGCCAGAGGACAUGGUACCCUGGUCUGUUGAGUGGCCGGACUAUAAUCCAACUACAUUCACUACUGAACACGUUUUGUCAAAACCAGUAUGGGCAGAUCCUGAUAUAAGCAAAAAUAGUAAGAAUAAAUUAAAAUUCAAUGAAAUUGACGGGAAGGUCAACCGCAGAAGUCAUAUGGGGAAAUAUAAAUUACAGGACAGUCUUCCAUUAAAUCAUGCUGCCGAUCCAAUUGUAACAAGGUGGAAGAGAACAGCCAAUAAUGAGAAAGUUAAACACUCAGAUGGCAAAGAUAUUUUACAGUUUGUAGCAAUUAAGAGAAAAGAUUCCGGACUUUGGGCUAUCCCAGGGGGUAUGGUAGAUGCUGGGGACACAAUCUCUGCUACAUUAAAACGAGAAUUUGGGGAAGAAGCAAUGAACUCACUUGAGGCAACGGGCAAAGAAAAGAAGGCUAUAGAAAAGGAGGUCGCCAAAUUAUUUAGACAUGGAAUUGAGGUUUAUAGAGGUUAUGUUGAUGAUCCAAGGAACACCGACAAUUCCUGGAUGGAAACCGUAGCUGUCAACUUCCACGAUGACACAGGAAAUAGUGUUGGAAAGUUUAAAUUAUAUGCUGGUGACGACGCAGCUGAUGUCCACUGGACAGACAUAGGCGCGGAUCUCAACCUCUAUGCCAGUCACAUAUCCUUCAUCGAAAAGGUGGCAACACGUCUGGAAGCACAUUGGUAAUUAAGGCAAUUACAAACAGCGCAGGGGUCCCAAGUCUUGUGGAAGUCUCUGGCAAGCAAGCAACAAAGAUUCUCUUGCAAAAUAACCCAUCUCCCACAAAUUUAUAACAUUUGCAUGUUCUCACUUUAUUGUCAGUUGUCUCACGGAAGUCAGCGCUGAUGGGUAUCACUAUGUGUAGCAAUAUGAAAUUGGAUGUUUUAAGAAAGCUUAUAACCAGACUUCCCGGGAAUCACUUCUUCCAACUCGGGACCCCUGACGACAGCAUUAUAUAGGGAUAUUGUUCUUUUAUAUGCCAUUUAAUAUAUAUGGUACCUCCUUGGUUUGAUACAGAGUUUCCUUGAAAUAGCAGUCACUGAAUAUCCAUUCAAAUUGAAUGCAUCCCAUUUAAGACUCAUAUAAAAAAAAAUUUGGGACUGUUUACUAUAGAUUAUGAGAAUACUCAGCGUUUUCUCUGUUUUUAAAGUUUCCAAAGGGUAACUCUAAAUAACAAAUAAGCAUCUUGAAAUGUUAGUUGUGUGGAGGGCAGUAGACCACUACUUAAUUUGCAUACCAUGGUUAUUAGCGCUUAGCUUUAGAUAAGAUAUUGGUGACUAUUUUAUAUAUAUUGUACUAUCUUCUUUUUAAUUAAUCCAUUACAAUUUUGUAUUGUAUUUAUUCCCAUUAAAUUGUUAUUAUUAUUAGAAAUUUAUAUUGUUUUACAGUCAUCAUGGUUAUCAUCAAUAGCCUUAACAAAUGUUUUUGUAGCCAAUGCACAGUAACAAUAAUUUGAAAUCAUUAUCAGUUAAUCGGGAAUUAUUUUUGUCUGUUAAUGACCAACCGACACACACCCAAUGCAUUUUGCCUGUAAAAUGGUAAACACAAGGCUACAAAUAAUUCAAGGGUAAUCUACCAAUGUUAUAUAAUAGCUUAAAGGUUUGGGGGGUUUUUUUUAGGUUUAUCAUUAAGAGGGGAAAAAAUCUUUUAAUUUUCAAUAUUUUGGUUGAUGGGACUUGAAUAAUUAUUACUUACCUUCUUUGGCCUUACGAUUAUUACUUUUAUUUUUUUUAAAACUAUAUAUAUAUAUAUUUGAAAAUAUCUGACGUGCAUAGAUAAUAUUAAUUACACCAUAAGUAUACUACAUUAAAUUAACAUGAAUCAGCGGUGGUGCCAGAAGUCUCUGGUGGCCCAGGUUUCUCCAUGAGAUGUCCAAGAUACCGACAGGGGUUCAGAGCAAAUUUUUAAAAUAUGAAUCUCAAGAUGCCUGUAAAGGCUGAAAAAAGGACUGUAAACCUUGCAGUUGACCUAAUGCAAAUGCAAGUUUCAUUAAGUAACACAUAAAUAAUUGUGGUAUGUAUGGUACCGUUGAGGAAAGAAAAUCUAAGACCAAUUCUACAUGUAGGACACAGUACUUAUAUAUUGCAAAAAUAUAAUCUCAUCCAGUUCCUAAACUACAUCAUACCAAUGUAUAAGACGUUAAAAACCAAUUGCCACUAGCCAUGUUUACACGGCCAUUUGCUGUCAGAUAAGUAACACUAAUCAUCUCUAGUAUAGAAAAAAAAUCAUUGGUUGUACCAUGAAGUCACGUGAUUAGAACUGACCUGAAAAAAAUGUGCGCAUUGCUGCUUGUUUGAAUCCAUUUGUCAAAAAAGUUUUAAAAUGUAUGUAAUUGAUAAAAACGUAAGUUUUAACUGCUGUUCUGCAAAUAAUAAAUCGUAUUCACACUGUUUAUCAACAGUGAAUUCUGUGAUGAGAGGUCAAACAGCAGUUAAUUUGCAUAAAGAUUAUGCCGAUGUUCUCUGUUAACACUGCUGAGAUGUAGAGGUAACUCUUUAGAUCAUCGCGGUUACUGAUUCAUUUACACAGCCGCUUUGCACCUAUAUCAUCGGAUAAACCUGAUCAUCACGAUGAUCUCCUGCCAUGUAAACAAGGCUACUGUAAUCCUGAUCUUCGUUAAAAAUACAAAAACAUCCUCUGGUCUUCAUACUGUGAGUGGCUGUAUGUAGUGUGCCUACUCUCUUAUAUACUGAACAUUUAAGAACUGUCACAUGAACAUGCGGCACCAACAAUUUGAAUGCAUGUGAAUACUCUAGUACCUUGUCUCUAUGUGCAAGUGUUUCAAUUUUCCAAGGCCAUUCAGUGGCAUAUGGCUUCACGCCCCUUGGCAAAAACAUUUUGGAACUAUCCCUUAUUAACCAGCAUUUUAUGUACUUUAUGAAAUAUAUCCAUUACCAGAAAAUGAAAAAAAAAAUGAUAUAAUACAGUAAUUGAUUGUAGUGUUUUUUGUGAAUUUGAAAUUAUGUACCAAUCAUUUUACCACUAACAUUUCAAAUAUGUUUAUAAAAUAUAUGGGAUGAAUGUUGGAAAUUUGUUGGAAGUAUGUGGAAAUAUUUUUCAGUAAUACUGUAUAUAAAAUAUGACUACAGUUGUUUAAAACAAAUGCCAAACUCUUUUACAUAACCAUUUAUUUCAACCAAAUUUUCAGCAGUAGCUGUCAGAAAUAUGAUGCAAUAGAUAUUUAUUUUGCAGGUUUUGUCAAAAAUAUUGGCAUUUGUUGUGGUAUUAAGAAUAGUAUGUAUUUGUAUAGCAUUAUAAAUGUGUAUAAGUAAUAAUACAAGUGCUAACACUUUCUCAGAAUUAUUUGCCUUAUUUUAUGCGCAGAUAAAACCUAUGUAAAUUAAAUUGAAUAUCAGUAUAAAA